AUGGCCUCUGUUGUGUGUAGCUUCGCAUUGCUAUCCGUGCUGACGCUGGCGAGUACCUGUGCGACAGCAAUUCCGGAAGGGCCCGCCGAGUCACUCCGCGUCGAUGUUGACCGGGUGCUGGCCACUUACUGGCGCGGCCGCGAAGGUUACAGCAUCUCCGCCAAGGAGCAGCGGCGGCUGGAUCGCGGCGCCAGGGGCACGAAACCCUCCACGUAUGGCGAGCUUACUGCAGCGGGUGUGAGGCUUCUGGCCGAGCAUUGGGGGCUGGACGACACGGAAGGGGCGCCUGGCAUCUUUGCAGACCUUGGCUGCGGGGUUGGGAAGAUGGUGGUGCAGGUCUACCUGGAGUGCCCCGGAGUGGGCCGAGCACUGGGCGUGGAGCUGUCGGCCACGCGCUGCCGGAGAGCGCGGCAGGCCUGGGAGGCGCUGCUCCUCAGUGACGAGGCCUUCGAGCUCCGCCAGCGGCUGCUGAAAGCAUCGGGGUGCGAGGAGGAGGCCAGCCCUGAGGACGAGGUGGAGUUCAUUCAAGGCGAUCUGUUGGAGGCAGACAUCAGCGAUGUCACGCACGUCUACCUCUCUUCGCUGUGCUUCGACGAAGCCACUCUUUUCGCGUCUGCCCAGAAGGUACAGCAGGAGGCGCGCCAGCUCCGAGGCGUCGCCUCGUUGCAGCCCUUGCCUUUGCUGAGAAAAGUGGGGGAGUUGCUGCUACCCAUGUCCUGGACAUCUCGAGGAGGUUUGGGCACCAUGGCCUACCUGUACGAAACCUAG